AUGUGUACCGCGGCAGAGACGUGCAAAACCAAACAUCGGCGCAUCAGCCUUGAAGAUCACCGACGUCGAGACGGACCAUGUGGCAAGAAAUGUAUUGUGGUGACUGCUGUUGCUCUCUUUCUUUUCUUAACGUUUGUUGCUCUGCCGGCCGGAGCAUUCCUCAUUAUCCAUGGGCGUCACCAGAACAGCCUUGCAUUCCAGCUAGGAGGUGCUGCGGUAGUCUGCAUCCCUGUUCUGCUUGGAAUCGUUCUUGCAGUUGUCUUUUGUGUGAGACGUCACAGAAGAAAAGCCACAUUCAUCAGUGUCAGUACCUCACGUGUGUGA